AUGACGUCAUCAGGCGGCGCGGGCGCGCUGCUGACGAGUUACGGCGGCCUGAGGGCCUCGGGCCCCCGCGCCGCCUGCGGCGGCGGCGGCGGCGGCGACAGCAGCGCGGCGGUCACGCGGGCGCCGUCGCGGGCGGCGAGCGUAGUGGACGAGUGGGCGGCGGCUUCCGUGCAGCUGCCGCAGCAGCAGUUGCUGCUGCAGGAGGGCCGCGGGUUCGUUGAAGAGAUGCGCCUCACCAGCGGCCCCAUCGAGCGCCCGCCUUGGGCCGCAUCACCUGCACCCGUUGCCGCCACCGGGCCAGCCGCGGCUGCGCCGGCGGCGGGGGUGGCUGCGCUGAUGUCACACAUGCUGUCUGGCGACCUGCUGACCGCCGACGCCGCCGCGCACCCCGAGGCGGCGUCGCGGGCGGGCAGCGCCCUCAGCAGCGGCGAGGCGGCGGCGGUGGUGUUCAUCGUGCCGCCCGCGGCGGCGGUGAAGGCGGCGUAA